AGAGGCCAGCAUCUGCCACAUGCUGAAGCACCCUCACAUCGUGGAGCUGCUGGAGACCUACAGCUCAGACGGCAUGCUCUACAUGGUCUUUGAAUUCCUCACUGUGUGCUGCUGGCCUCCAAAGAGAACUCUGCACCCGUCAAACUGGGCGGCUUCGGAGUGGCCAUUCAACUGGGAGAGUCUGGACUGGUGUCAGGAGGUCGGGUAGGAACUCCUCACUUCAUGGCCCCAGAAGUGGUGAAGAGGGAACCAUAUGGGAAACCGGUGGACGUGUGGGGCUGUGGAGUCAUCCUCUUCAUCCUCCUGUCGGGGGGCCUCCCAUUUUACGGCACCAAGGAGCGACUGUUUGAAGCCAUCUGCAAAGGCAAAUACAAGAUGAAUCCUCGUCAGUGGGCCCAGAUUUCAGAAAGCGCUAAGGAUCUCGUGAGACGAAUGCUGAUGCUGGACCCAGCAGAGAGGAUCACCGUCUAYGAGGCUCUGAACCACCCCUGGCUCAAGGAGAGGGACAGGUAUGCCUAUAAGAUCCACCUGCCAGAGACUGUGGAGCAGCUGAGAAAGUUUAACUCCAGACGGAAGCUGAAGGGGGCUGUGCUGGCUGCUGUGUCCAGUCACAAGUUUAACUCCUUCUAUGGAGACCCCMCCGAGGAGCUCCAUGAACUCUCUGAAGACCCCUCCUCCUCAG